UGCAUGUGAAAGUUCCACUCCAUCCACCUCUUUAAAAUCCACCCUCUUCAUUAGUCUUUGCACUCCAGAAUUGGGCAAUAAUAGCUUGCAAUGGCGGCUCAUCAUGUCAUGAGCAUCGCCGCAGCAGCAGUAGCCAUGCUUCUCCUGAUGGCGUCGUCGCCGGCAGUCGCCGGCACGGCGGUGCUCGGCCGGAAGGGCGGCGCCAUGACUGACGACGAUGUCGUGGGAGGGCAGGCGGCGACAGGGCCGGGGAAGUACGCCGUGAUAUUGGACGCCGGCAGCACGGGGACGAGGGUACACGUCUUUAGGUUCGACAGGAUGAUGGAUCUUCUCAAGAUCGGCGACGACAUCGAGGUCUUCGCCAAGGUGGUUCCUGGACUGAGCUCGUACGCUGGACGACCGCGGGAGGCAGCCAACUCCAUACAGCCUCUGCUUGAUAAGGCCAUCCACGUUGUCCCUAACUGGCUUAUGAAGAAAACUCCCCUUAAACUUGGGGCAACUGCUGGACUCAUACUUAUUGGAGAUGAAAAGGCAAACCAGAUUCUUGAAGCGGUCAGAGAUGUUGUCCACACCAAGAGCAAAUUUCAGUACAAUCCAAACUGGAUCAAUGUUCUUACGGGAUCUCAAGAAGGAUCUUACAUGUGGGUUGCUCUUAACUAUCUUCUUGAUAGACUGGGUGAAGAUUACUCGAAAACAGUAGGCGUGAUUGAUCUUGGAGGUGGAUCCGUACAAAUGGCCUAUGCCGUCUCAUCAAGCAUUGCUGCUAACGCCCCAGAGGUGCCUAAUGGGCAGGAUCCCUAUAUUACAGAGGAGUAUCUUAAAGGGAGAGAUUACAACAUUUAUGUGCACAGUUACUUGCAUUAUGGCGCUCAGGCUUCUCGCGUAGAGAUACUGAAGAGAAAGAAUGGGCCAUUUAGCAACUGCAUGUUGCGUGGAUUCAAAGGCAAAUUCACCUACAACGGGGAGCAGUACGAAGCAAUGGCAGCACCACAAGGUGCAGACUACCACAAAUGCAGACAAGAUGUGGUGAAGGCACUGAACCUAGACUCGCCCUGCGAAACCAAAAAUUGCAGCUUCAACGGCGUGUGGAACGGCGGCGGCGGCGUUGGGCAGGACGAGAUCUACGUCACAUCCAGCUUCUACUACAUAGCCUCCGGUAUUGGGUUCAUCGACAGUGAGGCGCCCAGUGCAAAGUCUACACCAGCAGCGUACAAGGCUGCAUCAGAGAAGGUUUGUAUACUGAGCAUCGAAGAAGCGAAAGCAGCAUACCCAAUAGCUCGUGAUCACGCCUACUUAUGCAUGGAUCUCAUCUAUCAAUACACCUUGCUUGUCGAUGGCUUCGGUUUGGAAGCAACGAAGGAGAUUACUCUGGUAGAGAAGGUGAAGCAUGGAGAGUCCUACAUAGAAGCAGCGUGGCCAUUGGGCACUGCCAUUGAGGUUAUCUCGCCCAAAAAGAAGCAUCAAGAGCCUGGCCGGAGUAGCUAGGAUAUGAAUUAAUGUACUAUUGUUGUGUGUUGCGUGUGUUUCCAGUUUAUUGUAACUUGCAUGUAUAUUUGUUGCUAAGUAAUAAUGGAGCUUAGCUUAAUUUACA